GCAGAGUUGUUAAAAUAUUGUCUAACAAAAAAUUAAUUACAAAUUUCUUCUAUUUGACAUUAAUUAAUUUACAAAACAGACAAUGUAAGUAAAUAAAAUACUCAAUUUGAAUAAAAAACAAUAAUAUUGUUAAUAUUUAGUGUAAUAUUUUGUGAAUUUGUUUGCGAGUGUCAACAGAUAAAUGCAACACUGAGUUUUGAUGUAAAUGUAUUGGGGUUAAAAAGAAAUCGCAGUUGAGUUUUAUUCGUCGGAGAAAAUUCACGUACAUAUUCGCUGUGACGGUGUGAAUUUUUUUCAUUUUUUAUAAUUAUUUUGUUUAAACAAUAAUAAACAAAGUUUGAUGUUUUAUUACCAAACUAAGCGGUAUAAAAACAAACAUUUACUACUAAAACCCCACUUUCCGAAAAAAAAAGAAUCACACAAAAAAAUUUUUCAUAAAAAGAUAGAAAAAUUUCAAUUUUUUUUCUUACAAAAGUGAAAAAAAAUUUUAGUAUAUCGUGUAAGAGUGUGAGUGAGUGAGAAAAAAAGAAGUGAAAAAAGGGCAACAAAAAAUAAAGAAAUUGGAAAAAAAGAAAGGAAAAAAGAAAUCAUAAUCAAAAAUAAUUUAAAUUGAAAAAAAGUGUUAAACAAAACAAAAAUAUAUACAAAACAGAAAAAAAGAAACGCAUAACUGAUUUGUAGUGAAAAUUAAAUAAUUGUAACCAGCAAAUACGGGGUUAAUAUUUUUACAAAAACAAAGCAUUGAAUUGAUUGAACCUGUUUAAUUGGUCACAAAAAUAAUUGUUUGUGCCGACGACAGCAAAUAACCACAAGCGGAUUUUUAUCUUCAAAAUAAAUUUUUUAUUUAAACAGGGUAAGCAUUCACAAUUAACUAAGUUGGUUGUCAAUUCACUAUCAAAACAAAGUACGAAUAUUUUAACUUCAUAAAUUUCAUAUAAUUAUAAGUCAACAUAAGCCAAAACGACGCGACGCGCGAAAAUGGCGAAAAUGGAAGUCGACGAUGUCGUCGACUUAAGUUUAGGCACCGGCCGUGAUCCGGCUCUAACUAUAACACCUACAACCGUAAGAGAUUUGAGAGCACUUACACAAAACUCUGGACUGACUAUAACACCUGCACCACCGCCACCAACAGCAACAUCACCGGCCGCAGCAACAACCGCCUCGGGGCUGGGCAAUAAUAGCAGUAGUAUAACUAGCAGUACUAGCAGUAGUAGUAGUAGUACGGCAAUAGCAAAUACAAGUGGUAAUACCACACCGACUACAAAUAAUAUAUCGACGACUAUAACCACGGUAGAUCCAUCUAGUAAUAGUGCAACUAAUCAAAUAACAAAUACAAAUACAAAUACAUUAAACAACACAUCCACGGCAAGUGCUAACACAGUUGUGGCCACAGCAACUACAACAGUCGCAGCAACAACAACAAAUUCCCAAACCAGUACCAACUCAUCAGGGACAGGGUCAUCUGGUGGUAGUGGUGGCGGCGGCAGUAGCAUUGGUGGUUUAGGAGUAGUUAGUUCAGGCAACGAAGAGAACAAAGUUCAACGUCGUGUUCUGAGACCACGCACCGAACCCAAGUCAUAUGCAGAGGCUCCUGAUAUAGUCUUAUUGCCGGCCCGUAUGAAUGGUCGCCAACAAAAUGGUAACAUAGACUCAGAAACGGAUGACGAGGAAAUGCCUCCUUAUGUACCCAUUAAAGAGUUGACUCCAGCCGAAUUGAAAGAGCGCGAAAAAGGGCUGCGUAAAUUGAGAGACGAUUUACGCAAUGAAGAAACCAAAUUAGUGUUGCUAAAGAAGCUUAAACAGUCGCAACAUGUCAUGAAGGAAAAUAUUGUGGUCACCUCGACCAGUGUAUCGCCCACAAAUCCUCUGGCGGCUAUACCAGCAGCUCUGACAUCGAAGGGAGCCUUAAGUGUUACCCCCACUACGGCAGUACCUCUGCCAGCACAUACCAAAAGUUCACGUUCCAAUAACAAUAACAUCUCAUCAUCGGUCAGCAUAAGUGCUACCAAUAGCCGCUCGAAUACAAAUUCCUCUUCAACCGGGUCGACAUCAUCCCCUCAUCGUUUAUCUAACAACUCUAUACUGCCUCCACCACGUUCGGCAUUACCCGGUGGUGCUACUCUAACACCCGGUUCUUCCGCAUCAAUUAGCAUUCAAGCCACAUCCUCACCAUCUUCAUCAACGUUAUCAUCAUCAGCCCGUUCGAAUGCUCUACCACCCCGCACCAAUCUACCGAAUCUCACUAUAACGCCAUCAGUGACUAUAACACCAACAUCGGCUCCACCAUCAGGACUUAAAUCACGCAAUCAGCCUAAUGUUUCGGAUAAUUCAAAGGUACCUAACACCAUCAGCAAUUCGGUAUCAAUAACACCAGCACCACCGUUGUCAACACAAAAUCAACAACACAAUGAGUUGAAGAAUGAACGCUUAAAUUCCCGCGAAGAUGUACAAACACCCGCACAAAGGCAAGCGGCUGCUAAAUUGGCUUUAAGGAAACAGUUGGAGAAGACUUUGCUACAGAUUCCUCCACCUAAGCCUCCACCACCAGAGAUGCAUUUUAUACCAAAUCCUAGCAACACUGAAUUUGUUUACCUGCUUGGCUUAGAGACUGUUGUCGAUUAUAUAACGACAAAUAAUAAGAAAACAAAUACAGUGGCACCACCAUUUCGCUGUGCUCAAUGUAAGAUUGAUUUUACUCCAGUCUGGAAGUGGGAGAAACAAGGCAACAAAGAAGCUAAAGUUAUUUGUGAACAAUGCGUCACCACUAAUGUUAAGAAAGCAUUGAAAGCUGAACACACCAAUCGACUGAAACAGGCCUUUGUUAAGGCCUUGCAACAAGAACAAGAAAUUGAGCAACGUUUGGCCAGUCAAAGCAGUCCUUCCCCGGUGGAUGCUCAUGUAGCUGCUAGUUCUGCGUUGUCUCAAGUCCAGAAUCAUUCUCAACAAACGGCGCAUCAAUCUCAACCACAAGCAGCCCAUGCCGCCUCGACAGCAGCCGCUUUAGUUAAUCUACCACCGUCUGUAACGGUUAUACCCACCAAAUGUCACACUCCAACACCAAGUAUCACGCCGCGUCCCACACCACCACCAACCAAUCAACCAACACCUCCACCACCAACUACGCCACGUUCAUCGCGAGGUUCCAUGUCUCAUCAGGCUCAGCCCAGUCCUAGUACACCUACACCCAGUCAAAUGCAUCACCAUCAGCAGCAUCAACUCCAGCAGCAGCAACAACACCAGCAUCAACAUCAACAGCAGCAGCGUGAACGAGAACGUGAACGGGAAAGAGAACGUGAACGAGAAAGAGAACGCGAACGGGAUCGUGAACGUGAAAGAGAACGUGAGCGUGAUCAUCAUCGUGCUGAGCAGCAACAGCAAAGAGCUGCUGCUGAACAACAACAGCAACAACAACAGCAGCAACAGCAACAAUAUGAUAAAUAUUCAGCUGCGGCUUUAGCAGCUGCUGCUCAAUUAGGUGCUCUUGGUUUGCCGGGUCUAAACAACUUAGCAGGUUUAGGCGGUCUCGGUAAUCUGGGAAAUUUAGGGCAACUGGGUAAUUUGGCGGCGUUGGGCGGUUUGGCCAAUCUGGGUGCUGCUGCCGCCGCAACGGCCACAAAUCCUGCAGCGGCUGCUGCAAAUCUCGGUGCUCUUGGCAAUGCAUCACCUGCUGCGGCAAUGCAAGCGUUUCAGCAGCAAUUAUUUAGAGCUUUGGGUCAAGGUUUAGCAACGAAUCCUCAACAUAUGAUGCAAUUUACCCCUUUAUUGUAUUCCUAUCAAAUGGCUAUGGCUCAGGCAGCUCAAGUAGCUGCAUUUACAAAUAAAAAUAAAACAACAUCUGCAUCUUCCUCCUCUGCUUCUUCGUCCAAGAAUCAAACAGCCUCAUUGGCUGAUAUACAACGAGCCGCUGAAUUGCAGCGACAAUAUUUACUAGAGAUGAUACCACCGCAAGCACCAGGACCCAGUAACAAUCGUCAAAACAAUUGGAAAACGUAAAUAUCAAACAACAUCAGUAGCAGCAGCAUCAGCAACAAUAAUUAUAGAACUUAAACUAAAAGAAAUCGAGUUUUGUGCAUGCAAUAAUCGUAAGAUUUUAAAAUAAUCUUUUAACAAAAAAAGUACUACAGUCAAAUAUUAAGUUUAAACUAAUAACUUAUGAAAAAUGAUUUAUUUCUUUCUUUUGAUUAAAACAUUUUUACAUAUUUUUUUCUUUUUUUUAAGAAAAUACUUAUACGUUUGUUUGUUUAAAAACUAUGCAUGCUUUGGUCGUUUGAUCAGACCAAAAACUCAAUAAAACAUUUCUUAAUACAUAUUUGAAAAUGUAUCCUAAUUUCUUUUUAUCAUACUCUCUAUCUUCCCUCUAUAUCUAUAUCUCUCUCUCCUACACUCAUUCUGUAUAGUUAAUACCUUAAUGAUUUUUGUUUAAAAUUUUUAUCACAUAAAUAAAUCAAAUUAUUUUAAGUUUUAAUUUAUUUAAUAACAUUAAAUUAAAAAUACAAAAAACAUUUGCUAAAGCAAGAAUAGAACGAAAAGAAAAGAAAAGAAAAGAAGAAGCAAAUGUCGUAAAUGGAGUGGUCGAACUCUAAAAACAAAACAAAAAACAAUCCUCUCUCCUUCAUUCAUACAAUAUGUUUAAGCAUUAGUAACACAUGAAAUAAUUAAUGCAAAUUCUUACAAAAAGAAAUAAAUAAAAUAAAACAA